AUGGCACCAAAGAACAAAAAGCGCAAAGUCACGAAGUUGAGUGGAGGAGGCGAGGGAGCUGUUGCACCAAGCCAAAAGAAGCGCAAGGUCUCAAAUUCGAGUGGAGAAGAAGAGGGAGUUGUCGCACCAAAGAAGAAGACCUUCUUCGAUCUUCCGCCUGAGCUUCGCAACGACAUCUACGAGCUGGUUCUGAUUGAUGGCGAAGUGGUCGUCCACGAGAGUCUCAAGCAGCCGGGUCUACUCCAGACAUGCCGCCAAAUUAGGUCCGAGACGAUCAAAGUCUGGUAUUACCGGCCGAGCUUCAAGUCUGUUGUGGUCGACUGCGACGCUCGACUGCUGGGAAAGUGGACACGACACACCGCCAAGUACGACAAUGAAGAAGACAGUCCAGUCGAUUGGGUCAUCGUAUUGACUGGACAACCAAACUGGGAGAACCUGACAGAGUGGUGUCGCGAGGUCCACAGUCGCAGAUGUGUGUCGGUAUAUCCUAAAACAAGGGACAGAGAAUAUUUGCACGCAAUCUAUGCUGCACUGGAGAUUGCCAACAAUUUCAGAAAUGCGCCAUGGACCCAAGUCGAGCAAACGCUGAAUACACUCAGGCAUACGCUCGGGUGUAUCGAUGAAGGAUGGCUCGAUGGUUUCGAGGAGAGUGACGAGAAAGAGGAAGUGUGA